GCUCAGGAUGCUUAAAAGAGCUGGCGCGGAGAAAGGCUGGGAAGAACUCACAGGGAGACCCACAGACACAUAGACACGGGAGAGAGAGGAGGAGAAAGACAGAAACAAAGGCACGGCGGAAGGAGGCAGAGAGAGGACAGGCACAGAAGCGAAGCCAGACAGAGUCCGAGGGAGUGCAAAGGGAGAGGCCAGAGAAGCUGCAGAAGACAGGCAGGGAGAAACAAAGAUCCAGGAGAGGAGGGUGUGGGAGGAGAGUUUGGAGGAACCAGACCACUAGGCACCUCUCCUAAGCCUAAGGGCCAAGUUUUCUCCAUCUCCUCUGAAGGUCCCCAGACCCUCUGAAAAUUCUGCCUCUGACCCUGGCAGGGGUCCGAGCCCCCAGGCUGCAGAGAGGAGCUUUCCAAAGCCAGGGCGAGGAGGACUUGGUGCCCAGACGGCCUCGGUCCCUCCCAGCUUCAGCACCAGUGCCAUGUCCCGGACGGACCUGCAUCCCGGGAGGGGCUUGGCGGAGUGCUGCCUGCGGGGAAUCCAACCCCGCCUGCUGCUUCCCACCGUGCCCGUCUCCGGGCUGCUUCUGCUGUUACUGGCCUCCCUCCUGCCCUCAGCCUGGCCGGCCAGCCCCCUCCCCCGGGAGGAGGAGAUCGUGUUUCCAGAGAAGCUCAACGACAGCGUCCUGCCUGGUUUGGGCACCCCUGCCAGGCUGUGGUACCGCUUGCCGGCCUUUGGGGAGACGCUGCUACUAGAGCUGGAGCAGGACCCCGGCGUGCGGGUGGAGGGGCUGACGGUGCAAUACCUGGGCCGGGCGCCUGAGCUACUGGGUGGGGCGGAGCCGGGCACCUACCUCACUGGCACCAUCAAUGGAGAUCCGGAGUCGGUGGCAUCUCUGCACUGGGAUGGGGGAGCUCUGUUAGGGGUGCUGCAGUAUCGAGGGACCGAACUCCACAUCCAGCCCCUGGAAGGAGGCACCCCUAACUCUGCCGGUGGGCCUGGGGCUCACAUCCUACGCCGGAAGAGUCCUGCCAGCGGCCAGGGCCCCAUUUGCAACGUCCAGGCUCCUCCUGGGAACCCCAGUUCCAGCCCACGAAGAGCCAAGCGCUUUGCUUCACUGAGUAGAUUUGUGGAGACCCUGGUGGUGGCAGAUGACAAGAUGGCGGCAUUUCACGGUGCUGGGCUAAAGCGCUACCUGCUGACGGUCAUGGCAGCAGCGGCCAAGGCCUUCAAGCACCCAAGCAUCCGCAACCCCGUCAGCUUGGUGGUGACUCGGCUAGUGAUUCUGGGGCCAGGUGAGGAAGGGCCCCAAGUAGGGCCCAGUGCCGCCCAGACCCUGCGCAGCUUCUGUGCCUGGCAGCGAGGACUCAACACCCCCGAGGACUCGGACCCUGACCACUUUGACACGGCCAUUCUGUUUACCCGUCAGGACCUGUGUGGGGUCUCUACUUGUGACACUCUAGGCAUGGCUGAUGUGGGCACUGUGUGUGACCCAGCUCGGAGCUGUGCUAUCGUGGAGGAUGAUGGACUCCAGUCAGCCUUCACUGCUGCUCAUGAACUGGGCCAUGUCUUCAACAUGCUCCAUGACAACUCAAAGCCAUGUGUUGGUCUGAAUGGACCUGGGAGUACCUCCCGCCAUGUCAUGGCUCCUGUGAUGGCUCACGUGGAUCCCGAGGAGCCCUGGUCCCCCUGCAGUGCCCGCUUCAUCACUGACUUCCUGGACAAUGGCUAUGGGCACUGUCUCUUAGACAAGCCAGAGUCUCCCCUGCAUCUGCCUGUGACUUUCCCCGGCAAGGACUACGAUGCUGACCGCCAGUGCCAGCUGACCUUUGGGCCUGACUCACACCAUUGUCCGCAGCUGCCGCCGCCCUGUGCAGCCCUCUGGUGCUCUGGCCAUCUCAAUGGCCACUCCAUGUGCCAGACCAAGCAUUCACCCUGGGCUGAUGGUACCCCCUGUGGGCCCGCACAGGCCUGUAUGGGUGGCCGCUGCCUCCACAUGGACCAGCUCCAGGACUUCAAUAUCCCACAGGCUGGUGGCUGGGGCCCCUGGGGAUCAUGGGGUGGCUGCUCUCGGAGCUGUGGAGGUGGUGUCCAGUUCUCUUCCCGGGACUGCACACGGCCCAUCCCCCGGAAUGGUGGCAAGUACUGUGAGGGCCGCCAUACCCGCUUUCGUUCCUGCAAUGCCCAGGACUGCCCAACUGGCUCAGCACUGACCUUCCGUGAAGAGCAGUGUGCUGCCUACAACCACCGCACUGACCUCUUCAAGAACUUCCCAGGGCCCAUGGACUGGGUUCCUCGCUACACAGGUGUGGCGCCCCGGGACCAGUGCAAACUCACCUGCCAGGCCCGGGCACUCGGCUACUACUAUGUGCUGGAGCCACGGGUGGUAGAUGGGACCCCCUGUUCCCCAGACAGCUCCUCAGUCUGUGUCCAGGGCCGCUGCAUCCAUGCCGGCUGUGACCGCGUCAUUGGCUCCAAAAAGAAAUUUGACAAGUGCAUGGUGUGCGGUGGGGAUGGUUCUAGCUGCAGCAAGCAGUCUGGCUCCUUCAGAAAAUUCAGAUACGGAUACAACAAUGUGGUCACCAUCCCCGCAGGGGCCACCCACAUCCUGGUCCGGCAGCAGGGUACCCCUGGUGUCCGGAGCCUCUACCUGGCCCUGAAGCUCCCCGACGGCUCCUAUGCCCUCAAUGGUGAAUACACGCUGAUACCCUCCCCCACAGACGUGGUCCUGCCCGGGGCAGUCAACUUGCGCUACAGCGGGGCCACUGCAGCCUCGGAGACACUGUCCGGCCACGGGCCCCUGGCUCAGCCCGUGACGCUGCAGGUCCUGGUGGCUGGCAACCCCCAGAACGUACGCCUUCGCUACAGCUUCUUCGUGCCCUGGCCAGCCCCUUCAACGCCACGCCCCCCUCCCCAGGACUGGGUGCACCGCAAGGCACAGAUUCUGGAGAUCCUCCGGCGGCGCUCCUGGGCGGGCAGGAAAUAACCUCACCGUCCCGGCUGCCCUUUCUGGGCACCGGGGCCUCGGACUUGGCUGGGAGAAUGAGGGGGCUCGGCAGCUGCCUCUCACCGAGACACAGUUGGGGAGGGGCUGUGAGAUGAGCCCGCCUCUCCUCUCUGCCCUACCGAGCAGGCUGGCCCUGCCCGGGUUUCCUGCCCUGGAUGGCUGGUGGAUGGAAGGGGCUGGGAGAUAGUCCCUUAUCUAAACUGCCCCCUCUGCCCUGCUGGUCACAGGAGGGAGGGGGAAGGCAGGGUAGACCCCGGUUGUAUUUAUUUAGUAUUUAUUCACUUUUAUUUAGCACCAGGGAAGGGGAUAAGGGCUAGGGUCCUGGGGAAACUGACCCACUGUCCUCAUAGCCCUCACCCUGUCUAGGAAAUCCAGGGUGGUGGUGAUAGGCGUAAGUGAUCUCUGUGUGUGUGUGUGUGUGUGUGUGCACCUGUGUGUGAGAAGAUGUGUGUGUGUGUGUGUGUGUGUGUGUGUGUGUGUGUGUGUAUGAGGUUCCUCCUGCCUAGCUUUCCUCUCCCUGAAUUUUAUUUUCUGGGAGAGGAAGAGUCAAGGGUAGGAUAGGCCUUCAGGGAGUAAGGGAUUAUCAUAUUUUUAAAUAUAAAUUGAAUUCUGCUAUUUAUGUGCUCCUUUUGGAGUCAGACAGAUGUGGGUUGCACCCUGGCUCCACAUCUCUGAACACUAGUUUCCUCAUUUGACAAUAAUAAUACCUCCCUUGGAAAUUUGUUAUAAGGAUUAAUGUAAAUAAAGAACUAGCAUAAUGCCUAGCACUUGGUAAGUGCUCAACAAA